AUCAUUUAAUCCAUUGUCUCUGGUUCUUAUAAUUUCAAACAAGCGCGAAGAAGCGAAAAGGAACUUUUAUUACUCAAAUUCUGCAGUUAUUUUAUUGGCGGAAAAUGAAGAUUGAAGAAGUUAAGAGCACUGCUAAAACUCAGAGAAUAUCAGCUCAUAGUCACAUAAAAGGUUUAGGCUUAGAUGAAAAUGGGGUACCUAUUCAGAUGGCAGCCGGUCUCGUGGGCCAAGAAUCUGCUAGAGAGGCGGCUGGAUUAGUUGUUGAUAUGAUAAGAAGCAAAAAAAUGGCUGGUAGAGCACUAUUACUAGCAGGUCCACCUGGGACAGGCAAAACUGCCAUUGCUCUGGCAAUUGCGCAGGAACUUGGUAAUAAGGUACCAUUUUGUCCUAUGGUAGGCAGUGAAGUAUAUAGUACUGAGAUAAAGAAGACUGAAGUUUUGAUGGAAAAUUUCCGCAGAGCAAUAGGUCUGCGUAUCAGAGAAACAAAGGAAGUUUAUGAAGGAGAGGUCACUGAGCUGACGCCAGUUGAGAUAGAAAAUACUGCUGGAGGUUAUGGAAAAACUGUGUCACAUGUGAUCAUAGGAUUAAGGACUGCAAAAGGCACAAAACAAUUAAAGUUGGAUCCCACCAUUUAUGAGUCACUUCAGAAAGAAAAGGUUGAAGUGGGCGAUGUCAUUUAUAUUGAAGCCAAUUCUGGUGCUGUUAAGCGACAAGGAAGAAGUGAUACAUUUGCUACAGAAUUCGAUUUAGAGGCAGAAGAAUAUGUGCCGCUUCCAAAAGGAGAUGUUCAUAAAAAGAAAGAAGUGGUCCAGGAUGUAACUCUACAUGAUCUGGACUGUGCUAACGCCAGGCCUCAGGGUGGACACGACAUUAUGUCUAUGAUGGGUCAGCUUAUGAAACCAAAGAAAACAGAAAUUACAGAUAAAUUGCGAAAGGAAAUCAAUAAAGUAGUAAAUAAAUACAUAGACCAAGGUAUAGCAGAAUUAGUGCCAGGGGUGCUGUUCAUUGAUGAGGUGCACAUGCUGGAUAUUGAAACAUUUACUUAUCUACAUCGCGCUCUGGAGUCUGCUAUAGCACCCAUAGUUAUUUUCGCAACCAAUAGAGGGCGUUGUCAAAUAAGAGGAACAGAGGAUAUUAUCUCCCCUCACGGUAUACCCUUAGACCUGUUAGAUAGACUACUCAUAAUUAGGACAUUGCCAUACAAUAAAGCUGAGCUGUUACAGAUAUUAAAACUGCGUGCCACCACAGAGGGUAUAUCAAUCGAGGACGAGGCGUUGGCGGCACUGGCCGAGAUCGGCACCAAUAGUACUCUUCGGUAUGCAGCACAGCUGCUGACGCCGGCGAUGUUGGCGGCGCGAGCAGAUGGCGCCACUCGCAUUGCGCCGGCGCAUCUCACGUCCGUGCACUCGCUCUUCUUAGACGCUAAGUCUUCAGCCAAGAUCCUGACACAGCACUCUGAUAAAUAUAUGCAAUAACUUAAGAAAAGGACUAAAUAACAUUAUGACAGUUUUUCGUUUACAAUAAAUGAAUUAGAUUGUUCUACGAGGAGCAGAGUCACCUCUUUGUGUUUGAGCUGCUGGUGCAUUUUGCAGUUUAGUUUUGAAGGAUUACUAUCUGUGAUUUAUUUACUUUUAUGUUUUAAUUCAUGCUUUCUGUUCUCCGAUGUUAUGUUAAGGUAAUUAAACAUUUGUUUAAUAAAUAGGUUUAAUUAAAUA